UAAAAAAAACAACAACACUAUUUAUCCGCUGGUUCUACCUUGCGGAAUGGAACAGAAUGUAGGUUGUUUGAAAACAAAGAAAAAAAAAUAAUGGCUGAGUUUAUCCUGAUGAGCCCUGAUUGUUUGUUGCACGUCGUGACGUCUCGAGUGUAAUUUGCCCGAACAAGCGGAGACUAAACUGACAACGGAGUCAGUCUCCAUUAGCAGAGUGGCGAAGCCCCCACGGCGGCACCUUCAUUCGUUUACUGUCCCACAGGAGACACCAGGAGCGCCGAGGUCUUCGUACUCAUCCGUCUGCGGGCGCCAGGGCACCUCAUUAUGAAUAACAGACAGCUAGCCUGAGGUUAGAUAGCGUUACCAAUAGCAACUGGACUCCUCCGCCUGUCGGUCCGCAGGAGAGCAGAGUCGUCCGGAGAGAGGAGGAGAGAGAGAGGGAACGUUCUUUGCCCAACAGGUGGAGGCCACCAGACAUAGGAGCUGCAAAUCGCUGGCCGUGUGAUCCCCGAGGAGCAUGAGUCAUGACUUCAGUGGUGCUGGUUGACACUGGUGGGACAGUGGUGGAGUAUGUCACAGCUGAAGAGGACCCCCAGCAGCAGGAGGAAGAGUGUGAGGUGGAUCUGGAGCUGGAAGGAGAUGUGGAAGGCGAGUGUGAAGCUGAGGAGGCCUAUGAAGAGGUUAAAGACAGAGAGGUCACUGAGGACUACCCAGCGGUCAUAGUGGAGGAGGUCCCUGGUGCCAGCCUGAUCGAGGAGCAAGGUUACUCAGCCCAGGUGUUGGUGUAUGAUGAUGAGGCGUACCUGAUGCAGGAGGUGGGCGAUGAGCAGGAGGUGGAGACAGAAGGGGAGGCAGUGGAGGCUUCUGUCCAUGGCACCAGCGUCCACUGCUCUGACAAGACCAUUGAGGCUGCAGAGGCUCUGCUACGCAUGGAUUCACCUUCCAGCCUCAGGGAGGACCGUAGUCCAGAAGUUUUUAUCCCGCCAUGCGUAGCGACACCGGACUUCCUCCACGCUGCCAUGCGUCCCGACAUGAUUACCGAGACAGAGGUGGAGAUAUCGACAGAGGACUGCUGCGAGGAGGACGAUGAGGAGAUGGUCACCCUGCUGGAGGAUCCAGAACCAGAACCCGACCACGAGCCUGUCAGGAAGAGGAGAGCUGGACGGAAGCCAAAGACACAUCAGUCUGCCAUUUCCAACGGCUCACCAGACCUCGGCAUCAAGAAGAAACCAAGAGAAGGGAAAGCAGGGAGCACCACCUACCUAUGGGAGUUCCUGCUGGACCUCCUCCAGGACAAGAACACCUGUCCCAGGUACAUCAAGUGGACACAGAGGGAGAAGGGCAUCUUCAAACUGGUUGACUCAAAGGCCGUGUCAAAGCUGUGGGGCAAACACAAGAACAAGCCAGACAUGAACUAUGAGACCAUGGGACGGGCACUCAGAUAUUACUACCAGCGCGGCAUCCUUGCCAAAGUAGAGGGCCAGCGGCUUGUUUACCAGUUCAAAGAGAUGCCCAAAAACAUUGUCAUCAUCGACGACGACAAGGCAGACAUGGCCGCCCCUGACAAUCUGAUCGGCUCAGACACGGCCGCUUCCUAUGAGCGCGUGCCGCCGCCGCCAGACAUGCUGCUCCAGGCGACCGAGCUAUCGUCCUCCAAAAAGCCCAACAUCCUGCGGGGCGGGAACAGAGCCAACGUGGUCCAAGCUCCUGUGGCUAUGGGGAGCAAGACGUUGGCAGGAGGCGGUUCGGCGGUGGCGGCAGGGGUUCCACGGAUAGUGACGGUUCCUGCAGCACCAGAUGGGAGUCAGACCCAGCAGUCGCACACAGCUAUCAUCCCUAACGCCAGUGGGCCAAGGACGGUGCGGGUGGCUAUGCAGGUGCCUGUAGUCAUGACUACAUCGCUGGGUCAGAAGAUCUCUACAGUUGCUGUGCAGCAGCCGACAGGAACAACGGGGGCAGCCGGCCACACCACCCUCCUCACCAACACCUCUGCUGUCGGUGCUGCCGCUGGUAACACCAACUCACAACAGAAGGUUGUGAUCCAGACCAUCCCCACUAUGGUCCCAGCCACUGCGGAGAAUGGAGACAAGAUCACAGUCCAGCUGGCCAAGAUCAUCACAAUCCCAGCCCACCAGUUAGCUCAGUGUCAGCUCCAGGCCUCCACGGGCACGAACAAGCCCAGCGUCGGAGCUUCCCCGGCGGGUAUCAGCCUCCUCGGGAGCCCACUCACCGUCCGGGCCCUGGCUCCUGUCAGCGUGGCCCCGGGAACGCAAGUGAUGAGACUCACCGUGCCGACGCAAACGCAACAACAGACUCUGGUGGUGUCGCAGCCGGGAACCAUUGGUAGCGGGGCUGGGGUGGUAACGGUAUCGACAGCCAAUCAGACGGUGACAGCACAGCCUCGCAUCAUUAGCGGCAUCAUUAAUGGCUCAGAGCUGGUGAUAGGAGCGCCAGCAACUGGAGGAGUCGCAGUGGAGAAGCUGAAGUCUGCCGGAGUCCAGGUCCAGGCUGUGAAGGUGCCGAUGGCGGUGGCAGUCCAACAGAACCAGGUGAACCCUAAAACUGUCCAGAACAUCCAAUCCGAGGCCGUGGACGCUGAGGUGGUGAUCAAACUGGAAACACCUGAUGUGACGAUAAAGGCAGAAGAGCCUGAGUGUUGAAAUACAAACAUGUACCAGUAUCCAUCUUCUCCCUCUCUGCCAGAGAGGGUUAGUUUGUACAUGUCUGAAGUCAUUUUUACUCUUGUGAUAACCAGCAGCAGUCUGUGAGACUUUAAAGACUCCUGAAGGCCUGUUCUUAGUCUUCAACCUGUCUUCACACCUUCUCUGUUGCUGCCUAGGACUUAAACUGAACUAAGCCCAUCUCCUUCUACAACCACACUGAAACCCCUCAGUGUUGUCUGGAACCCAAACUGCACCCUGCAACAUAGGAAUACACACAGACUUUAAAGGGAGUUGUUGGGAAAGGUAAAGGGACCAACCUUGAUCACUACAGUUCAUGCCUUCUAAUGGAUAGUUAUCACUGACUCAGAUUUGGAAUAAAAAACCUUGAAAAUGUUUAUAAAAAAACAAAAAAAAAACCUCUAAAACACUACAAAAUGAGGCAAAUCAUUUCAACCAACCAAAGUGCGAACUUUCAAAUUAAAAGAAACAAAUUGGGUAAUGAAGCUUUUGUAGAGUACAGUAUGUUUCCAAUUUUGCCUCUACGGAUAUUAAAACCAGCAACUUAUUAAAUUUUUUUUUUUUUUUACUUAUAUCACUGUGCAGAUCAAGUGUGGGUGGUGCUACAAGAGAGAGAAAGAGAGAGAGUGGAGCUGAAAGAAGCUCUAACAAGGAACGAUAUCAGACAGAAAAUGGUUGUGUAUGUACAUAUUUAUAUAUAUAUCUACUAUACAGUUUACGGAGCUAAAGUUAACAGAGCAGCCUUAGAUUUUAAUUUUCUUUUUCAUAUAUUGUUUGAACAGUAAGCUGAAAUUUGUUUUGUGUUUUGAUACCUUGUACCAAGCACAGUAUUAUUGAAACUAGGGGAUCUAAUAUUUGUUUAAUCAUUAGUUCCUCUGUCUCUAUCAGGCUGUUAAUGCUUAUAUAGAGAAACAGUAACCUGUUGUAGAUCAAUGACCAGAUUGCUUGCAGUGAGUCUGCCAGCUUCUAAGAAAAUCUCUAGGCUUGUAAUUCACAUUUAUUUGACAAAAAGGUUCUUGACUGUCUUUUUUUGUUUCCUCUCCUCUUCACAACCCUACACACUCCGGCUGCAUGCAAAUGCAAAGAAUGUGACUCAGAGCCAGUGCAUGCUGCCAUGUCUUGGAAAGAAAAGAAUCCAAAUAGUAACAGCAGUGUAUGGAAACUCAGAGAUCACAAUGAAAUUAAGCAGUUAUUUGAUUAUUAUUAUUUUUUUUUUUUAAAGUUUAUGCAAAAUGGCUGCGAAAGACAUAAAACCACUGUGGAUCCCAGGUAACUUUAUUUCACCCUUAAAACAGUUUGCCAGAAUAGUCAAUGCCGUUGUGGCCCUACAUGUCAUUAUUUUAUUUUUAUUUUUUUUAUCUUUAAAAGAGGGAUUGUAGAGAGAAAGCUGUUUGUGUUCAGACUGAACUGUUUGUAUAUUCAACAUUUGAAGUAUAUUCUAUUUUGUUGUACUCUUGUUUCAAAGUGUAUUAAAGUAGAUUUUACUGAAAUAUAAAAA